GUGACGUCAUUUGUUUACUCUUGAACAUAGUCAAGCAAAUGAGCAUUUCUCCCUCGUUGAGUUCAAUUUCAAGACUUAACAUCAUACCAGAUAGUGAAUUACUUUCUUAUGAGGACUUUGGUAAUACUACCGGGUACUUGACUGGUAUUGGAUCAGUUGAGUCUGCUUAUUUAUUACAAUCAACCCGAUGUGUGACAGAACACAGAGAUUGGGAUGUUCCAGCCAUUCUUACAGCCAUUCAGUAUCUCACACAACUGGAGGGACCAAUGUGGAGAGAAAUUCGAGGACAGGGCUUGGCAUAUUCCUACAGUAUAAAUCUCAAUCCAACCCAGGGUUUACUAGUGUUAAAAUUGGCCAGAGCUUCUCAGCUGACUGGAGCUUAUCGAGAGGCACUAAAUAUUCUGAAUUCACACAUUAACGGAUCGACAGCAUGGGACAAAAACCUGUUGGAAUCAGCCCGCAGUUCUCUCAUCUUUGAAAUAAUUGAGCGAGAAGCAGUUUUAGCUGAUGUUGUUCAGCAGUCUUUGUUGUCAUACUUCAGGAGAGUUCCUCAUUCUUAUAACAAAGACCUGAUAGAUAGAAUUCCUAGAGUUACUUUAGAAGAUGUUAAGCGUGUUGCACUGAAAUACUUCACACCACUUGUGCAACCCAGCACAUCUCGCACCGUCAUUGUGUGUCAUCCAUCCAGUGUUCAAGAAACGGUGACUGAAAUGAAAAAGUUUGGCCACAGCCUUGAUGUGAUCCCAUCAGUUGAAAACAGUAGAUUUGCUUAGUUGCACUACACCCAUGAUAACAAACAUCCCAUACACAGCACCAUCUCACAGAUUGUUUAAUUUAUGAAACUUGAAAAAUUAUCAUAGACACUACAAGUAAAACCUAUGAAAAGUUUUAAUCACAUUCAUUUAGCAUUAAUUUGUUUUGCCCUCUGACCUGUUAAAAUCUCAGAGGAGUUAAUUUUGAAUAGAAAUACUAUAUCUUAUUUUUCUUUUUUUAACCCUUUCAGGGUCCGUCCCGUAGAUCUACGGCUUUACGGUGAGUGUCCAAACCGUAGAUCUACGCCAUGAGCUCAGCUCACUCUGAUAAACUGUGAGUGGUACAUUUGGGCCUAGAUAUGAGAGAAUACAUCUAUGUGGUAUGUGUGCACUACAUAAAACAGAUCCUGCAGCAGACUGUGUAUAAUGAGAGAAAAAAACUGAAAUCAUGAUUUUUCGAUUAAAACAGCAACUUUGCAGUGUUUUUUCGUAUGUUUUUUAUAGUUGUAUUUGCGAUUUCUUGGUCUCAUUUGAUAGAAUGGAAGACAUAUUACAGAAAUAGAGAUGAUUUUGAUUGGUUUUAGCACUGGAAAUGGCUUGAAACUGAGCUCAAAGUAGCAGAAAUGUUAAAUUUUUGCCGAUAUUCAAGAGUAAACAAACGACCUCACACAUCUAAUACACGUCAGCUGGUGGGUCUAAUAUACAUUCACAAAUAUGGUGAAGAUAUUUAUACAAUUAUUACAGUAUUGCAUAACAGUAAAUCUUCUAUUUUUUGUGUGAAUAAAAAUUCAUUAUGUGAAUAAAAAAUCAAAAUGGAAUUUAUUUGUAAAGCCUCAAAACAUAACUAACGAACAGAGGAAAUGUUAGUUUAGUGCCAGGAAUGCCUACAUUUUAUUCUGGACCCUAUUUUGAAAUUGAAAUAUUUUGAACUUUGUGUUAAAUUGGCCAAAUUGACAAUUUCCGAUCACUUUAUUUUGUAGUUGAAACAGUUGACUUGGCGAUUUCUUGUGCUCAAUCGAUAGAAUAGAAGUAAUACUAGUGAAAUAGCUAAGAAUUUGGUUGAUUGGAAUAAUGUAAUUGGCCUAAAAUGGGAGUCAAAGUCGGCAAAAUCGCCGAUUCGUAAAUAUCGCUGACACAUCAAAAUUCGCGAGAGCAUAAUUUCGUCAAUUUUCCACCAAAUUUCGUACUUUUUGUUUUAUUACCUUCACAAAAAGAUUCUCUACGAUUUCAUAAGAAAAAAUAACAAUUUUUUUUUUUGAAAAUUCUUGGACACUGGUGCGUGACUCCAGAUUUGGGCCUUGGACCCUGAAAGGGUUAAGCUAAUGCUGACAUUUGUUCAAGGCUGUUAAUGAUAUCCCUAUGGUUCAACAUGAGGUGCUUAUAAAGUUAAGACAGUAGGUUACUAUUAUUAACUGACGAGCUACAUUAAAGAUUGAAUGUGCAGAAUUAGAGGCUUUGGAGCAAACCUGUCUGCUGUAUAAUGAGCAUUAUCUGAAAAAUCAGUAAAUCAGAGGCCACAUUUACUCACAGAACUGUUUAAUCCAUGUAAGUAUGUCAGUCAGGUUUGUUAGCAAGAUAUACAGCCUGUUUAAGAAAGGUUUAUUUAUAUUUGACAGUUUUCAGCCAAAGUAAUCCUCUGAAGCUCAGGUUCUUUUAUCACUUCUGUGAAAAGAUAUAUUAUUAUUAUAAUCAAAAAGAAGCGCUAAGCCACAAGGGCUAUACAGCGAAAAGAUAUAAAUCAUACUAAUGCAGACAGCUUGAAUUUGUUCAUGAUCCUUUCAGAGAGAUAAACAUAACAAAUUUAUAGCUGUGCUCAUUUCAUAAUCUCUAUUUAACACAUGUUAAUGCCUUGCAGUGAAAAGUAACAUACAAGAGCUUAGUAAUAAAAGUCUUAAGUAGUAUUUUAUUAGCAGAAAUAAUGUAGCAAAACAACUAAAACAGGAAUUAUAAAUGGGGAGAAUAAAUGUUUUUUCUGGAACAUUAUGUUAAUGUAUCAAGAAACAUUAAGCUCAUAACCAGACAUGACAAGAGAUUCUAAAAACAAGUUUACCAUAAAACAUUUUACCAGACAAGUACAGGGCUAGGAAGAGAUGAUUCAGUUAUUUAUCUAUGCAAACAUGUUAUAUCCCUAACGUGUAGAUGUCAAAAUUUUAUCUACCUUUUUUAUAUCUGGAAGACACAGUAUUAUAUAGUAUAAUUCUGGCAACAGUUUAGUUUGCAACCACUUCAUUACUAUUAUUAAUUGUCAUCUUGCACUAUAUUAGCCCUAAAUAUAAGAAGCCAGUUUUGCAGAACCAGAUUAAUAAGUUGAAAAUUAACACACAAUUUUUUUAGCUCCUGUAUUUAUAAGAAUCAGUAUAAAAAAAAAUUUUGCAAUUAUUAUACUUUCAGUUAAUAUGAUGAUGCAGCAGCUAUGUGCAACAUUCACUUCAUUUUGGCAGUUAUUUUAUGUAUUUUAAAAAAUAAUUUAUAAAUGUUCCAGCUAAUAGGUUAUGACUGCAACUAGUUUAAACUGCAAGCACUAUUUUCCUACAAGGAAUAAAUCAACUUGUGCUUGACUUAAGAGCAAUAUUAGCUGCAUCACUGUCAAAUGAUGUCAUCUGCAUCUCUCCCUAUUUUUUUUUUUUAUACAUUUUAAAUAAAAGUUUGAAAUUGCUUCA